AUGAUGGCGAAGUACGUGUGGUUGUUGCUUGGGCUAGUGGUGGUAACACAGGCGCUGAGUGUGAAAAAGGCUAAAGCUGUGAAAGGUGACGAAGACAACGAACUGCAAUGGCCGUCUCAGUACACCCUGCAGGCGAAGAGGAUGUCACUGACAGACAAUAUCAUUGAAGACUACUCCAUCUGGAGAACCUCCAAACAAUCGAGGAUCGACUACAACAACGGUUACGUCAAGUCUUUUGUGAAAACCAAGGCCAAGGACUACAAAUAUGGAGUCAAGUAUGAGAUUCACCCAGUAGCAUCCGUAGAACAAGAUGUAGAAAAUGUAUGUAACGCCUUGCGAGGAAGCAGGUACCGCCGUAUGUCACCUGAAACUAUUCUACCCGACGUUGAUGGUUUUGAACCUGAAGUUGAUGAGAUCAUGAACGACAAAGAAUGCACCAAGUUCGUGUAUGACCAUAAAGAUGAGAGCACUGACGUCAGGAGCACAUUGUGGGCGACCUAUGACGAGGCUGAUGAAGCUUGGGUCCCUGUAAGAUACGAGGUUUUGGAAUUCAACGCCUGGUUGGGAUCUAAGGACAAACACGAAAUCUGGGACUUCUACGACUACAGCAAGGACUUCUCCUUCCGCAGUGUCUUUGAUGUUGAAGACUAUGGUUGUUCUAGCCCUGAAGAACACACGUUGGACGGUGAGGGUGUCACCAAGAGACUAUUAUUCCUUGACUCUGAAAACGAUGAACAUGUUGACCAUGCUUUCAAAUCGUUCAUUGGAGCUCACGACAGGCAGUACGAUGCCGACGAGCAUGCCUUGAGGAAGAACAUCUUCAAAAAGAGUAUGAGGCAGGUCAUCCAACACAACCGUCAAAACAAGGGUUACAAACUGGCCAUCAACCAGUUCGCUGAUAAGACUCCCGAAGAGAUGACCAGGUACAUGGGUCUGCUGAAGCGUCCUGAAGGCAAAUCUGGAAACGUACCCUUCCCAUACACUGACAAAAAACUGGAAGCACUCUCUGAGGAUGUACCCAAAGAAUACGACUUGAGGCUUCUCGGUCUUGUUUCUCACGUCAAAAACCAAGAAGAUUGUGGUUCCUGCUGGACUUUCGGAACAACAGCUGCAGUUGAAGGUGCUUUGGCACGUAUCAACGGUGGCAAGCUCAUGGCACUCGCUAACCAAGCUCUUGUGGACUGUGUCUGGGCAUUUGGUGCCGCGGGCUGUGACGGCGGUACUGACAACGCGGCCUACGAGUGGAUGAUGGAGUACGGUCUGCCGACUGAAGCAGAAUAUGGUCCAUACACUAACAAGGAUGGAGAAUGCAACAUCAAGAACAUGACACAGACUUUCCCAAUUCGAGGAUACGUGGACGUCACACCUUUAAGCGUUGGAGCUUUGAAGGUCGCUCUAAUCAACCACGGUCCCCUAUCCGUGUCAGUACACGUCACCGACACCUUCUCAAAGUAUUCUUCUGGAAUUUUCUACGAUACUGAAUGCAACCAGCUCCACCUGAAUCACGAGGUGACCUUGGUCGGUUAUGGCGAACGUGAUGGCGACACCUUCUGGAUCCUGAAGAACUCCUGGGGCCCACAAUGGGGUAUUGGAGGUUACAUGUACAUCUCUGCUAGGGACAACAUCUGUGGUGUUGCUACUGAACCUACCUACGUUGUCUUUUAA